UAUAAAUGAUCCGCGGUCCGCUUGCAGCCUUCAGACGUUGAAUCUGCUGCCGUACCUUUGAUUUUUCCUCACUGAGCUGAAGUGACUCCACGCCGAAGAUGUUUCUGGUUAAGAAGAUGCUUGGUGGGAUCGUUGAUGUGGUCAGCAACAUCGAUCCCGGCCAGUUCGUGCCCUCCGACCCUCCUCCUACUCGCAGGCCGCUGGCGUACGUCCAGGCGAACGAGAACGAUGAGGAGCGCAAGUUCCGUAGUGUGUUCCAGCAACUCGCCGGCGAUGACAUGGAGGUGAGUCCCAAUGAGCUGAUGAACAUCCUCAACAAGAUCAUCGCCAAACGUGGUGACUUGAAGACUGAUGGCUUCUCUGUUGAGUCCUGCAGGAGUAUGGUGGCUGUCAUGGACAGCGACAGCACGGGCAAGCUCGGGUUCGAAGAGUUCAAAUACCUCUGGAACAACAUCAAGAAGUGGCAGGCCAUCUAUAAGCAGUUUGAUGCCGAUCAGUCUGGCUUGAUCGGUGCUAGCGAGCUGCCCAAUGCAUUCAGAGCUGCAGGCUUCCCCCUGAAUGACCAGCUCUUCCAGCUGCUCAUCCGCAGGUACAGCGACGAAAACGGCAACAUGGACUUCGAUAACUACAUCGGCUGUCUUGUCCGUCUGGAUGCGAUGUGCCGUGCCUUUAAGACGCUGGACAAAGACAACAACGGCAGCAUUAAAGUGAACAUCAAAGAGUGGCUGCAGCUGACCAUGUACUCGUGAGCGACUCGCCACACUCGGAUCGUUAGCUUGCCUCACUACAUUCACCCUUUACACCACCGCACUAACCAAAGCCAGAUUUAAACCCAGCCCUGUGUGGCGCUGAAGCUCUGUUUAUUAUUUACCGCAUUACUGAUGCCUUUUGUUAGCUAGAGUCAUUUAUAUGAAGAAAUCAACUUGAGAGAGAAUUUAAAAUGUUGUUCACCCAACUGUGUAGAUUAUUUAUCCUUACAGCAUGAAUUAAAACUAAAUGUUAGCGCAUUAGCCAAAAGGGGGCGCUGUUGUAGAGAUGGAAAGUUACAUGUGCACAAAUUUUAUAGAAAAUAAAACAUAUGCAAGUAAAUAAAGAAUUUUGCAAUGAU